AUGGCACAUAGAUUAAUUGUUCAAGUUAUCAUCACCGGUACACAGGUUUUUGGUAAGGCCUUUGCUGAGGCUUACCACCAGGCUUCCAAUGCCAGCAUCCGCGCAGGCGCAAGUGCUGAAGCACGCAAGCGCACCGGCGGCAUUUCUUACGACGAGGCUUGCAAGAUCCUUGAUGUUGAUAGCGCUCACCUGCCAACCUUUGACAAACUUCAAAACAAGUAUAAUUACUUAUUUGAUGUCAACUCAAAGGACCGCGGCGGUUCUUUUUACUUACAGUCGAAGGUCUACCGUUCUAUGGAACGCAUUAAAUACGAGCUUGAAAAGCGUGGCGAAAAAAUUCCAACUAACGAAGGCCCAGCAGCCGGAGCUGAAGCAAAAGCUGGCGAUUCUAGCGGAUCUGCUAGUAGCUAA